AUGGCAGAUAACAAGGAAGAAUCAAAAGCAGAAGAGGCACCUGAAACUACGCAUCACUUUGCCGAGAACGGUGAAAAUGACGUGAAUGAGGAGAACGGGGACGCGGAAGGACAAGAUGAAGAAGUUGCCACAGAAAAAAAGAAUGUGAAAACUGUAUCAGCUGACGCUCCUUGGGGAGAGAGAAUGUGGGAAGUCUUCUCUACGUUUUGGCCACUUGGAUUGGUUGCUUUCGGUGGACCACAAGCUCAUGUUGCUAUUCUUCGGGAUCACCUGGUGGAACAACGAGGAUGGCUAGAUGAGGAGCAAUUCACGGAGCUCUUUGCCAUUGGACAGGGACUGCCAGGACCGACAUCGACCCAACUUGUUGUCUCUACAGCGCUCAGUCGUGCUGGACCUCUAGGUGGAUUAAUGGCCUUUUUUCUAUGGAAUCUCCCUGGAUUGAUCAUUCUUACAGCAUGUGGUGUUCUUUUAGCAGAGUUCAUCCCUGAUCCUGAUAAUCCACCAUUCUGGUUGGCUGGUCUCCCUCCUGCCGCCAUCUCCCUUGUUUUCAAAGCCGCUUAUGCAUUUUCGAAAAAGCUGGAUUCUUUGGGCGUCUGCUUGUCUCUAGCCUCUGCUUUGAUUGCUAUUUUGAUUAACAAUGACGAUAGAAUUCCCCCUAAUGUCAGUCAAUGGGUAUUUCCAACAACUUUGGCCGUAGGGGGCCUCAUCACUUUUGUUGAUCACAAGCGCCCCAACCCGUGGAGUAAAUAUAGUAGUCCAUCUGCUGGAUGGGACCGUGAAUCCGACGCAACUAUCAAGCGCAUCGGUAUUCCACUUUGGGUGGGCUUUCUGAUUUUGCUAUCCUAUUUUGCGAUAUUGAUUCUUGUGAUUAUCCUUGUGGAUGUCUAUGAAGUUGAAAACGAUUACUUGGAGAUAUUUGAAAAAAUGUACCGUAUCGGCAGUGUCAUCUUUGGUGGUGGUCAAGUCGUUCUUCCUAUGCUUCAAGACGAGGUUGUUCCCCGAUGGAUGAAUGACGAAACUUUCUUGCAAGGUUUGGGUCUGGCUCAAAGUAUGCCCGGUCCUUUGUUCAACUUUGCUUCUUACCUUGGUGCCGUCUACAAACGAAUUCCUGGAGCAUUGGUCGCUUAUGUUGGUCUCUUUGCACCAGGAGUUAUUCUGAUUUUCGCCGUUGUUCCCUUCUGGGCAACACUCCGCAAAUACUCGGCCUUCAAGGCCAUUCUAAAAGGUGUCAAUGCUACUGCUAUUGGUUUGGUGAUGGCUGCUUGCGUCAUCUUGUGGGAAGCCGCUGUUCAUACAGCGGCUGAUGCCAUGGUAUUUUGCUUCGCUGGUACUUUGGCUGCCUAUUUUGGAAUCCAAGCUCCCAUCGUUGUUAUCGCUGGUGGAGUCCUGGGAGCAAUCCUUCAUGUAGACGUUAUUGAUUUGGGACAAACACCAUACUGCGACGCAUAA